GGAGAGGCGAUGGCUGCGUUGUCUCCUGUUGAUGACGUAAUAGCACGGCAAGCCGGGCGAGGGAAGAGCCGGCGGUGAGAAUAGGCGUCACGGAAAGCGACCCUCGCAUUGCCCCAUGCCAGACCGGCGUGACCUUUGACCUGCGUUGACCUGUGACCCCUCUUUCCUUGGGGGAAGUGUCACCCAUGGACCCUCCCGAUGCAAAAGGCCUUCCAGGCCCCUGCUAAGCGGAAGCAUGUCCAGAGCACCCCAGGGGGCUGCAGCAGCACCCUUGCCCCCUCCCCCACCCCCGCCUCCCCCUCCGCCUCCCCCCAGGCUGUGUGGGGCUCAGCUCCUCAAGGCCGCGCUGGAGCAAGUGGACCCUGGGGACCAGGACGGUGUUCGGGAGCUCCUGAGGCGCCGCAGGGCCAGGUGGGGAGCGCCUGUGGGGGGUCGUGGGGGGGUCCCUGCCCCUCAGUGGGGGUCAGGAGGGGCGCUAGAGCGCUGCUCUCUCUCCUUGUCUCAGAGGAAGGAGAGGGGCAGCUGCCACACAGGAGUGGGGUACAGUGGACACUCGGGUUUCGAACGUGAUCUGUGCGGGAUGCACAUUCGCAACCCGCAUCUGCGCACACGCGGGUUGCGAUUCGGUUGAAGGAGGAGGAGGGAGGAAUAGUCUGUGGGUUGGUCGAGUUGUGUUGUGAGAGGAAUUGUUAGGUGGAGUCAGAUAGAUAGAUAGUUGGGAUAAUCAGUUUGAAGUUGUUAGGAAAGAAUAGGACAGUUAAGGAACUAAGAUUAAGAAACUGCCAAGAAAAAUUAACUGUAACCAUAAGCUUGUUCAUGCCUAUAAAAAUAAACUUGAUUAUUUGUUAAUGUUAACAACUGACUGGACUCCGUGUGUACCCGUGAGAAACGGGUUGGUGGCAGCGAAGAAAGCAAUUACAGUGGUGGCACAGGGUCAAUAGACCGUCAAACGUCCGGGGGCCCUGCGUGAUCGCCACAAAAGUUGUGUUGCGCUUCUGUGCAUGCACAAAGCGCGAUUUAGCACUUCUGCACAUGCACAACCGCUGAAACCUGGAAGUAACCUGUUCCGGUACUUCCGGGUUUUGGCGGUCCGCAACCCGAAAAAACGCAACCUGAAGCGUCUGUAACCCGAGGUAUGACUAUUAUUAGUAUUACCGUUAUCACCAUCAUCAGAGUCUUGCUGCCCAUGCCAUAGUCCUUGUAAAAAUGUCUUGGGUGGCAGUGGUUUCACUUGAGAUAAGAGGAGGAGACGGCUGUCUGCGGAUGGCUCCUUGGAGGCAGCAAUGCUUCCAAAACUACAGGAGGGGAGAUUUGUGCUGGUGCUCAUGCCCCGCUUGGGGGCUUCCCCAAAGAGUCACCUGGUUGGCCACUGUCAGAACAGGAUGCUGGCCUGAUCCAGCAAACAGGCUCUUCUUAUGUCCAUAGAGAGCCAGUGUGGUGUAGUGGUUAAGAGCCGUAGUCACGUAAUCUGGUGAACUGGGUUCGAUUCCCCGCUCCUCCACAUGCAGCUGCUGGGUGACCUUGGGCCAGUCACACUUCUCUGAAGUCUCUCAGCCCCGCUCACCUCACAGAGUGUUUGUUGUGGGGGAGGAAGGGAAAGGAGAAUGUUAGCCGCUUUGAGACUCCUUAAAGGGAGUGAAAGGCGGGAUAUCAAAUCCAAACUCCUCUUCUUCUUCUUCUUCUUCUUCAUAUGCAGGCACUCCCAAACUCAGCCCUCCAGAUGUUUUGGGAGAACAACUCCCAUCAUCCCUAGCUAACGGGACCAGUGGUCAUGGAUGAUGGGAAAUGUAGUCCCAAAACAUCUGGAGGGCCGAGUUUGGGGGUGCCUGUUCAUAUGGAACCUCCAGGUCCAGAGGCAGUCUGUCUACAUUCCUUGGUUUCAUUUAAAAUACGGAAAUGCAAACUGUACCAUAUGCUUUCUUAAAAGUAUAGGAUUAUGUGAUUUCUAGAAUCAUGGAAUUGUAGAAUUUCGUAGAAUCUAGUAAAGCUUCUUCAUACUGAAUCCACUUGGCCUAGAUUGCCAGUAGACUUAAUAACCCUGGCACUAUUGGUUGAGAUGCUGUGAUGUCUACAAUCUCUACAAGCUUCAUUGCUCAGAGGGGCAGUUGGGGCUGUGUUGUGUUCAUGGCAUCCGCUUCCAUUUCCUGUGUUUUUUGGCUUAAAAAACGGCAGAUUGGCUUCGCAACCAUCAGCCUGAACCUGCGGCAUCUAUAUUUGGUGUGAGCAGCUUGGACAAAAGAGAAGCUCUGUGUCACUGCAAAUACUGCUGAAAACAUUCAGGGCAGGGUGCACCUUGCGCCAUUUCCCCAGUCAGUUUUUCUUAAUGCUUGAUUAGGGGCUUGCAUCUGUGAUGGUUUCAUUUGCAACGUGCCACUGAAAUGUUCUACUUCCAAAAAGUUCUCUCCGCUUGGAAAGAGGAUGCUUGCCUUUUAAUGUGGUCCAUUUUGUCUCAUUAGGGCUCCAGUUUUGCAUUGCUGCCAUUUCCAUUUCCUGUAAGCCACGGAGCACCCCCCACCCCCAAGAGGCAGCUUCCCUAGAUUCCUCCUAUUAAGUGUUUGGGGAGGAGAGCCUUGUUAAUUAUGCAGGGGGCGAAAGUGCUGCUAAUGUUGGGCUGGUCCCCUAAGUGGCUCUUAAGGGACUCUUUCUAUUUCUAUUUCUCUCUCUCUCUCUUCCAGCUUCAGCAUGCAUUUGAAGUGGCUCCUUUUCAACCGCCCCGUGUCUUCCUUAAUCCAAGAAGGCCCCCAGUGAGUAUGGGAUUUAUUCUUUACUGCAAAAGGAAACUGUGAAGUAGCAACCUGCUGAGGAGGUGGGAGUUUGAACUAUGCUGCACAACCACUCCAUACGUUUUCAUGCACUCCAGAAUUGUGUCAAUAGUUUACCCCUCCUCCAAGGAGCACAAAACAGUGUUUUAUCCCCAUAAUAGCCCUGUGAAUUAGAGGGCUCUGUAGCUUCUCAGGCUGGAGAAGGGGCUUGAACCUGGGUCCCAGCCCUCUGCUUUUAGAUGGGAUGUUUCAGGGUUGUGUAUAUUUCAUCGCUGCACUGAAAGUACAGUUUUCUUUGUGUGACAGCAAGCGUCCAGGUCCCGGGGGCAAAGGUCCUGCUGGUGGGUGAUCUAAAUGCAAGGCUAGGGCCAGAUGACCCUAGCAACCAAAUACAGGUACAAAAUUGGGUUUCCAGAAGCCCAGUCUAGCCCAGAAGCCCGCCAGACCCCAAGGCUAUCUAAGGACCAGUAUUCAAACUACGCCGGCGCCUGUCUUUUCAAAUUUUCGAGGCAGCUAAGUUUACACAUUCUGAGUGGCCACACAAGAGGCAAUAUCCCUGGGGAAUAUACAUUCCUGACAGGGUCAAAAACUAGUACAAGCGUCCAAGUCCUUGCCUGGUCCAGCCAGCGGGCAGUGCUAACUGAGCCAGUUCUUAGAAUUGUGGAAUUAUAGAGUUGUAAGGGACCCUGUGGGUUAAACCACAGAGCCUAGGACUUGCUGAUCAGAAGGUCGGCGGUUCGAAUCCCCGCGACGGGGUGAGCUCCCGUUGCUCAGUCCCUGCUCCUGCCAACCUAGCAGUUUGAAAGCACGUCAAAGUGCAAGUAGAUAAAUAGGUACCGCUCCGGCGGGAAGGUAAAUGGUGUUUCUGUGUGCUGCUCUGGUUCACCAGAAGCGGCUUAGUCACCCGGAAGCUGUACGCCGGCUCCCUCGGCCAAUAAAGCGAGAUGAGCGCCGCAACCCCAGAGUCAGCCACGACUGGACCUAAUGAUCAGGGGUCCCUUUACCUUUACGGGACCCUGAGGGUCACAGAUACGAAGAGGAUGGGGUGUUCUGGCACUGCUUUGCUCCUUCCCCUUCUCACCUUCACGGGCAGGGCUAGGAAAACAAGAAGCAAGUGCAAUAAACUUUUCAGUUUAGGAAAAUGUCCAGCAGGAGGCAACACGAGAGAAGUUUAUGAAAUGCAGGCAUGCAGAAAAUGGAUGGAGAAAUGGUUUUUCUCCCUCUCUCAUCACACUGGAAUUUGUGGGCAUCCGUUGAAGUUGAGCGUUGGAAGAUUCAGGUCAGGUAAAAGAAAGUAUUUCUUCAUGCAACACACAGUUAAACUUUGGAACUGCCUCCCACAGGAGGGCCCCCAACUUGGAUGGCUUUAAAAGAGAAUUGGAUAAAUUCGUGGCUAUCGAUGGCUCCUAGCCAGGUUGGCUGUGCUAUGCCCUCCACUGUCGGAGGCAGCAGUUCUUCUGAAUACUAGCUGCUGGAAAUUGCAGGAGGAGAAGGGGCUGCUCUUGUGCUGAGCUCCUGCUUGUGGCCUUCCCACAAGGGGCAUGUGGUUGACCAAUGUGAGAAGAGGUUGCUGGACCAGAUGGAGCCCCCUUGGCCUGAUCCAGCAGCCUCUUCAUAUGUUCUUAAGUACAAUGGUGUCGGGCCUACAGGUAAAUUUUGCAACUUCAGAAGCUAUGUGCUUCAACACCCCUCCUCACACCCAAAAAGAAUUCACUAAUGUCAGCAAGAUAAAACUUUGCCACACCAAGUUCAGAUACCUAGGGGUACAAAUAACCAGAAGCCUCAAUAAGUUAUACCUCCACAACUACAAGCCCCAGUGGCGACAAAUAAACAAAGACCUAAAAAGAUGGGACAACAUGAAUUUCACCCUCUCAGGCAAAAUAGUCAUGAUCAAAAUGAUCACCCUCCCAAAACUAACCUACCUAUUCCAAACCCUUCCAGUCUGGAUUCCCCAAACCCAAAUCCGCAGAUGGCAGAGAAAACUUCACUCCUUUAUCUUCUUAUACAAAAAAACCCAAGAAUAAGCCCCAAAUACCUGCACCUCCCCACCGCAGAAGGAGGAUGGGGAAUCCCCAACAUAGAAGCAAUAUUACAGUGCCAACCAAAUACGCCAUAUAAUCCCAUAUAUACUAGAAGAUGUGACAAAACAACGGAUGUGUUCUUAAGUAAUAGUUUCAGCAUGUGUACAUUUCUCAGAUUGCAAAAGGCUUAUUUUUUUAGAAAAAAAAGUAGGGCUCAGAUUUUGGUACAGCGGUCCAACCUCUCUGCUUUUCUUCCUUCUCCUCCUUCUCCCCCUCCUCUUCCAGAUGUGGCCUGGUGGCCUUGUGGAUGGCUGGGGCGCUGCUCUCUCCCCUCAAGGCUGUUUCCCUGGAGACAAUUGUUCAGGUGGCUUUGGAGAGAGGCUACACAGCCCAGGGGGAAAUGUUCUCAGGUGGGUCGCCAAGAAGGGGGAUGGCAGACACCGCUGCCCAAAUUUUGGCUUGUGAUCCAUGUCACCUCCCUGCAUGAUCCUGGCAGAGAGUGAGUGGCAGGGUGGUGGUGGGGGCCUGCCUAGAUGCUGCUCUGGGAGCCCCCCAGCCCCCCCAACUCCUCCCUUGCCCUUUUGGUCUGCUUGCUCCAGCUGCCAACAUGUCCAAGCUAGCUGAGGAGGUGUUCCCCUGCCAGGCGGAGCUGCUCUCUGGAGGCCUGGGGGGAGAAAACUACCAAAGGAUCCUUCGUCACCUUAGCCAAGGCUUCCCUGUGUUGAUACCGUAUCCUUCCUGGUGGGAAAGGGGAGGGAUAUGGGGAGCUGGGGUGGGUGCUUCUCAUGUUUGCUUUCUUCCUAGAAUGGUAGGGUUGGAAGGGACCCGAGGGUCAUCUAGUCCAACCCUCUGCAGUGCAGUACAGUCAUCCCUGAUAUUUGCCUAUCUGAUCUCCGCUUAAUAACCUCUGAUGAAGAAAAGUCCUCCACCUUCAAGGGAGACCGUUCCACUGUCAAAUAAUAAUAAUAAUUUAUUAUUUGUACCCCACCCAUCUGGCUGGGUUUCCCCAGCCACUCUGGGCGGCUUCCACAAAGACCAAAAAUACACUUAAGAUGUCACACAUUAAAAACUUCCCUGAAGUUCAGAUGUCUUCUGAAUGUCAGGUAGUUGUUUAUCUCUUUGACAUCUGGUGGGAGGGCGUUCCACAGGGCGGGCGCCACCACUGAGAAGGCCCUCUGCCUGGUUCCCUGUAGCUUUGCUUCUUGCAAUGAGGGAACCGCCAGAAGGCCCUCGGAGUUGGACCUCAGUGUCCUGGCAGAAGGAUGGGGGUGGAGAUGCUCCUUCAGGUAUACAGGACUGAGGCCGUUUAGGGCUUUAAAGGUCAGCACCAACACUUUGAAUUGUGCUUGGAAACGUACUGGGAGCCAAUGUAGGUCUUUCAAGACCGGUGUUAUGUGGUCUUGGCGGCCGCUCCCAGUCCCCAGUCUAGCUGCCACAUUCUGGAUUAGUUUAAUUUCCAGGUCACCUUCAAAGGUAGCCCCACGUAGAGCGCAUUGCAGUAGGCCAAGCGGGAGAUAACUAGAGCAUGCACCACUCUGGCGAGGCAGUCUGUGGGCAGGGAGGGUCUCAUCCUGCGUACCAGAUGGAGCUGGUAGACUGCCGCCCUGGACACAGAAUUGACCUGCGCCUCCAUGGACAGCUGUGAGUCCAAAAUGCCUCCCAGGCUGCGCACCUGGUCCUUCAGGGGCACAGUUACCCCAUUCAGGACCAGGGAGUCCCCCACACCAGCCCGCCCCCUGUCCCUCAAAAACAGUCCUUGUGUCUUGUCAGGAUUCAACCUCAAUCCAUUAGCCGCCAUCCAUCCAAACAGCUUUUACUGUCAGGAAGCUUUUCCUGAUGUUGAGUUGGAAUCUCCUUUCUUGUAACUUGAAGCUGUUGGUUCAAGUCUUAACUCCAGAGCUGGAGAAAAUGAGCUUGCUCCCUCCUGAAUGUGACAGCCCUUGAGAUAUCUGAAGACGGCUGUCAUAUCUCCUCUCAAUCUCCUCUUCUCUAGGCUAAACAUACCCAGCUCCUUCAAGCGCCCCUCAUAAUGCUUAGCUUCCAUAUCCUUAAAUCAUCUCAGUCACCCUAAUCUCCCCACUUUCCAGCUUGCCAAUCACCUCCUUAAACUGGUGUCCAGAACUGGACACAGGACUCCAGGUGGGAUCUGGACAAGGCAGAAGAGAGCAGGACUAUGCCUUCCCUUGAUUUGAUCUGGACCAUGGGUAGGUAAACUAAGGCCCGUGGGCCGGAUCCGGCCCCAUCACCUUCUAAAUCCGGCCCGCGGACGGUCCGGGAAUCAGCAUGUUUUUACAUGAGUAGAAUGUGUCCUUUUCUUUAAAAGAAGAAGAGUUAGGAUUUGCUAUCCCACUUUAUCACUACCCGAAGGAGUCUCAAAGCGGCUAACAUUCUCCUUUCCCUUCCUCCCCCACAACAAACACUCUGUGAGGUGAGUGGAGCUGAGAGACUUCAGAGAAGUGUGACUGGCCCAAGGUCACCCAGCAGCUGCAUGUGGAGGAGCGGGGAAGCGAACCCGGUUCCCCAGAUUACGAGUCCACCGCUUUUAACCACUAUACCACACUGGGUCUCUGGGUUAUUUGUGGGGCCUGCCUGGUGUUUUUACAUGAGUAGAAUGUGUCCUUUUAUUUAAAAUGCAUCUCUGGGUUAUUUGUGGGGCAUAGGAAUUCGUUCAUUCCCCCCCCCAAAAAAAAUAGUCCAGCCCCCCACAAGGUCUGAGGGACAGUAGACCAGCCCCCUGCUGAAAAAGUUUGCUGACCCCUGAUCUGGACACUAGAGUGUAGUAGCAAGAAAACAAGCUCAAAUGAGCUGGUCCAAGGCUGGGUCUGCCUUGCCCCAGGGUCUGCCCUCCUGCCAGGCCCUCUUCCAGGCUUCUCUGGUGAGACAGGUGCCCCAAGUGGCCCUCCUUGCCCUCUGCUCUGCCCAUGUGAGCAAGACUCUCUUCACCCAGACCUUAACACCCAGCACAGCUACGACGAAGACUCCAACCACGAGCCCUGCCUCCGGAGCGGCUACAAGGCUCACUGGGCCAUUGCCUCAGGUACGUUCCCCAGUUCACUGCAACUCUUCUCGCAGGGGGCCGGCCGGUGCCUGGCUGCUCCCUCUCCUCCGAGGCUCCAGAGGAGAGAAAUGGCUCUACUGGCAAGGCGGGGCACUGCCCAGGAGGGGGCAGCAGUGCCCAGGCUGGUCCUAUGUGCCUUGGGCCUCCCUCUUCCCAGGCCGCUGCUUGCACUCAGUUGCUCAAAGCUCAAUUCCGGGGCAUAGGACUCCCCAAUCUGCGCCAACAGCUUUCUCCUCAAACUAUCCCCUGCUUGGGACCCUUAUUCUGCCCUAGCUUUGAAGCAAAUGCUUAAAGCACAGCCCUCUUUUUUUGCACUUAUAAUUUUCAACAUUUUUAUCGUAUACAGUCAAGACACAAAUACAUCUUUUCUCUUUUCGUUGUUGACUUCCCACCCCUUUUUCCAUGGAGUUGUUGUUUCUCCCCUUCUGCUGUGCACUGUUGUCUGUCUGUCAAACCAUAACCACAAUAUUAUUACCUAAUUACUUCUGCGCUCAUAGCUCAAAACAAGCUUUUUUCUCUUUUGCACUCCUUACAUUUUUUUCAUUGGGGGGGUGUCACUUUCUGAUGCAACCACAGCCUGGCAUUCUGUAGCAUAAAAGGUAAAGGGACCCCUGACCAUUAGGUCCAGUUGUGGCCGACUCUGGGGUUGCGGCGCUCAUCUCGCUUUACUGGCCGAGGGAGCCGGCGUACAGCUUCUGAGUCAUGUGGCCAGCAUGACUAAGCCGCUUCUGGCGAACCAGAGCAGCACACAAAAGCACUGUUUACCUUCCCACCAGAGCGGUACCUAUUUAUCUACUUGCACUUUUGACAUGCUUUCGAACUGCUAGAUUGGCAGGAACAGGAACCGAGCAACAGGAGCCCACACCGUCAUGGGGAUUCGAACCGCCGACCUUCUGAUCGGCAAAUCCUAGGCUCUAUGGUUUAACCCACAGCACCACCCACAUCCCUUAUUCUGUAGCAUAAAUAGAUGCAAAAUCCAUCAUGGUCAAGACAGAGCGGUGCUUGAAGUGCCAGACUAGGACUCUGGGAGAGACCAGGGUUCAAAUCCCGCCCACGAAGUUCCCUGGGUGUGACUUUGAGGGCCUGUCACAGCCUCUCAGCCUGGUCUAACCCACAAGGUUAUUGUUGGGGAUUAAUGGAGCAGAGAGAACGACGCACACCAUUUUGGGCUCUUCUGUCGUACUUUUUGGUUGUUGUUUUUUGAAAUUUAUUUGGUUUUUCAGAUUAAAGCUUUACAGUCAAUUAUCCAACAUACAACAUAAAAACAAGAUUCCAAAGAAUCUCCUGGACUUCCCUCUGUGGGUCCUAUCGUUAAUCAUUUCCUCCUGCAUCUUUUAUGAUAAACCAGAUCUUUUACAUCUCCAUUAUGUCCAAAAUUCAACAUUAAACUACAAGUGUUAAUCUAAUCCUACUAACGAUUUUAGCUGUUUACAAUGGUUUUUAAGAUAAAUUAUAAAUCUCCUUACUGAAAUUUUGGUCUUCCUGAUUUCUGAUUCUUCUGGUCAUAUUUGCCAUUUUGGCAUAAUCCAUCAACUUAAUCUUAAUUUUUUCUUUAAUUCUUAAACUUUUAAUAAAUAUUAUUUUAAAAAAAAAAAAACUUAAUCUGCCAUUCUUUUCUGGUACGGACUUCUUUCCAUCUCUGGGCCAAUAGCAUCCAAGCAGCUGUGGUCACAAGUCUUUUCUGCUCCCUUGGGAUUUCGGCACCCCUUGGCCAUACUUUGAGUGCAAAACAGAACCAAGUGCCAGCUCAGUGGGUUCCCUGCGAGCCAAAGGCUGCCAGUUCAGGACCAGGGCUGCCCAACAAUCGCACCCAGGUCACCUUCAUAGACUUCUCUCUUUUCCCUCCUUCUACCCAGGAGCUCUGCUGGGUCUGGAGGACAGCGUCAAGCUGGCUGCCUGCCAGGAGGAUGAAGAGAUCCGUGGCCUCUUCCAUGCCAGCCCAGCCGUGGCCUCGACCCUCUCGCUGGAGUCUCCCGCAGCGGAGACGUAUUUGCUGUCCAAGCAGGGCAAGAGCGGCCGCUACCAGCUCUGGCACUACUCCCAGGUGGAGGCCAGCAAUGGGCAGCUGACCGACUUCAGCCCAAAGCGGGCAGCCGACGGAAAGGUCUACAUCGUGCCAGCCGGGGGAGUGCGCGAGGGACUUUGCGGGAAGGCGGUGCUUCUGCGGCCGGCUGGGCCAGAGGGCUACCAGCCACGGUGAGCUGGCCAAAAGGAGGAACUGCUUUCCAAAGCUCUGACCAGAACCAAACGGACCAGGAGCCAGAAGAAAUUGUGGAUGCAGACGGGACCUUUAGUAACUGCCAUUGGGCACGAUAGCUGUGGAGCCUCUUUGUGCAGGCGCAGUAUACCCUCCGAGUCCCAACUGCAGGGGUCAGACAUGGGGAGGGCUCAUGCCUUUGUGCCUUAGGAGCGUCGCAGGGGCACCUGGCCUGCCUGGAAAGAGGAUGCUGGGACAAAUUCCUUCAUUGCAGAGGGUUGGACUAGAUGACCCGUGGGACCCUUUCCAACUCUGAAAUUCUGUGAAAUGGACUUGUCUCAUGUGAGAUACCCCAUCCACCAAUGGGUAGCUCUCCUGUACCAGCUGAGCUGCCUGGAAAAGAAACAGGAACAGGCCGUGUUUUUAUUGCGUUCAAACCCCAGCUUUUUUGGCACGCGGGUGGCGCUGUGGGUUAAACCACAGAGCCUAGGGCUCAGAAGGUCGGCGAUUCGAAUCCCCGCAAUGUGGUGAGCUCCCGUUGCUCGGUCCCUGCUCCUGCCAACCUAGCAGUUCAAAAGCACGUCAAAGUGCAAGUAAAUAAAUAGGUACCGCUCCGGUGGGAAGGUAAAUGGCAUUUCCGUGCGCUGCUCUGGUUCGCCAGAAGCGGCUUAGUCAUGCUGGCCACAUGACCCAGAAGCUGUACGCCGGCUCCCUCGGCCAAUAAAGCGAGAUGAGCGCCGCAACCCCAGAGUCAGCCGCAACUGGACCCUUCAGGGUCAGGGGUCCAUUUACCUUUACCCCAGCUUUUUAUUCAAGGUGGCCUGCAUCGUUUGCUUCCUUCCCAUUUUAUCCUCACAUCCACCCUUCAUGGCCAAGGGGUUUUUUGUGAACACUAGCCUCCCAGGUCUGGGCUGACACUCAAACCACUAAGCCCCACUGCCUGGACUCCUACCCAGCUGCAAGCGCGGAGUUUAUUUCUUCUUCCUGCCCCAGCACAUGAACACCCCAGCAACUCACUCCAUCACCUAAAGCUGGCAAGCCCCUUGGCCUCUGGAGGAGGAGUUUUCACUAGGAGGCCACCUCCUCAUUCCCUGGCUGUGGGCCAGGCUGACCAGGUUGCUGUUGCGAGAGCCCACAAAAGAGGCAGCCUGUUGCACCUCUGCAUGGGUCCCUGGGGCCGCCUGCCCUCCUCGUCGUAGCUGCUGCACACAGAACAAUGAGUUGGUCAGCUUGCAUACGCCCCAAGGUGUCACAUCUCAGGUUAAAGAGUGACCCAGCCCCCGGUUUUUUGGAAUACCAAAAGCUCCUGUCUGGCGUUCGUGGGAGUAUGCUAGACACUCUCUCGGAGAAGUGUCCCAAGGCACUCCAUCCAGCCAGCUCUUUUCUGCCCAGGAGGACUUGGCCUACUCUGCCACAGAACCAAGAACACCAAAUCGCACUUCACGGGCCGAUCCGUCCAGGUGGGCCCUCAGGGGAGGCCAGCUUGGCUGAGGCCUCUGGGGCCGGCAGGAAGAGCAAGAGGCCAUCUCUUCACUGCUGUCUUCCCAGAAUAGUGAGCUUUCAAGGACAAAAAAAAAAUAUGCCUGGAAUUUCCUUUCCUUUUGGAGCCAAGCCAGUCCAAUGCCAAUAAUAACUAUGUAUGCAUUUUUUAAAAAAAGAACACAAUAGAAUAAGCUAAUCGGGGAAACGGAGAGAUAAAUUUGCCCUCCGGGAGUUCCUUCUGCAUUGAGCUGCGUUGCCAAAGCUGUGAUUUUGAGGGAAUGUGCGUCCAACAGAGAGAAGGGGAGGAAAUGUCAGGUCCGGUUCUGCUCUGCCUCUGCUAGGGAGUGUGUGUCUGGCCUUGGCUGAGUCACCCCUCUCGGCCUCAGUUUCCCCACCUCUGCAAAUGGUUCCCUGCUCCCCACGGCUGCAAGCCUGUUCCGAGUACGGAAGAUGGAGGUUGUUGGAAAGCACUUUCAAAAAUUAAAAGAGAGAAAACGGCAAAGGAGUGGUAGUUUUGUGCCUUGAGAGAUCUCUGCGUGAAAGGAUUUGCCUCAAGGUGCGGAGUGGUUCCUGUUUUUGUGGGUGAAACCACUCCAAGGAGACUGCUGGCUUUGGGGCUGCUUCGGGGCCUGGAAGGAGCAGCGUUCAGGGUCCCUGGGGUCCUUCAAUAAUAAUGAGAAUAAUAAUAAUUUUUAUUUAUACCCCGCCCUCCCCAGCCAAGGCCGGGCUCAGGGUGGCUAACAAGCAAUAAUAAAAACAAGUUGAAU